AGAGAGAUCUGUCUUCCCGGUUUCAGAAACAGGAAGUGCUGCCGUAGUGCUCCUGCGUGGACGUCAAUUUAUGGCUUUUAUGGCGAUCGAUUAGGAAUAAAUAUAAUAUAUAUAUAAAAUCUGAACAUGAAGCUGCAAUGCACCAAUAUUAAAGCAGUAGGGGCCCUAAAGGAUGUCAGGAUGUGGCGAUUUGGAAGGACAACAGGAACAGGAUCUAUAAGCUGGAGAUUCUACAGCACACUAAAGAAUUUGCCCCACAAACUUGAAUCAUCAGUUCCAGAGAGAAAAGUGGUGUUCAGUUUUCCACCUAGUCACUUUUGUUGUGUCAGAAAAGAAGGAUCCUUAUUACAUCCCAGAUGGAUGAGUGCUUGUGGAGUCAGGUGGAGUGAACGAGUAAAAUCAAUGAGUUCUUCAUGCUCUGGUUACAGUGUGAGGUUAUAUUCCUCUGGCACACCAAACACAGAUCACAUAGAGAUCCACAAGCAGAAGUUAGAACUGUGGUUCAGUCACUUGCCUCAAGAAGAGAAACAGUUUGGGGGUUAUUUUUCUCCUGAAACCAUGCAUGUAGAGCCAUUUAUACUUGAGAAACCCCCAGAAGAGGGCAAAGAACUCUCAAUUCAUCCCUACAAAGAAAAGGAAUCCAUGAGAAGAUCUAUCACAGCUGAACAGUUGUUUGACCCGGGAAACGGCAUCAUGGAAGGACAUGGGCUCAACAUAUUGCUUUACGGAGCUGUUGGCACUGGAAAGAGUACAGUUGUACGGAAGCUGGUUUUGGACUGGUGUGCUGGAUCAGCUCUUUCCCAGUUCAAGCUGGUGGUGCCUUUCUCUUGCGAAGACCUUGCUCAGCUAUCUAAAUCCACAUCGCUAAGAGACCUUGUGGGUAGAAAGUAUGUACACCUUCGCAAGACGCCGUUUCUCAGUGGAGAUAAUAACCAAGCCAGUGAGGUCCUCUUCAUCUUUAAUGGAAUGGAGAAGAUGAAGUUAGACUUUAGGAUUGGCAGUACUGAAUUGUGCAGUGAUCCAAAUGAAGCUCUUCCAUCUGGAGCUGUUGUGGUGAACUUGCUGAGAAAAUACCUCCUACCUGAGGCCAGCAUUUUGGUCACAACCAGGCUAUCUGCUGUAAAUCAUAUUCCAAAGAAAUAUGUGCACCGCUAUGCUCAGAUCUGUGGUUUUAAUGAUCCUGAUCGCCAGAGAACCUACUUUACAAGCAGACUCUUACAGCAAAGUGGAGAAAGGCCAGGCAAAGAUGCAGAAGCUCUGAUCGAGAUGCUUUACCUCAACCUGCAGCGAGACCGCCAGUUAGCAACAGCCUGCUUUUUACCUUCUUACUGCUGGCUCAUGUGUGCCACGCUUCACUUCCUGCAUUUUACUGAUGCCAAGGCACCCAUUCACACUCUCACUGGUAUCUACACAAGCUUCCUGAGGCUUAAUUUUGGAGGAGAGGUGUUGACAAUAGGAGGAGAACAGUCUUCCCAGGAUCACCAGAAUUCAUUGAUGCUUUAUGUGGUCCGCACUGUAGGGAAGCUGGCUUUCGAUGGAAUCAGUAGUAAACGUACUUCCUUUUCAAAGACUGAACUUGAACAGUGGGUUGGUGGAAAGACCAAAACGGACGAAGAGCUUCACCAGCUGGCCGUGUUCCGUACAGAUGUACUAGACUUCUUCCUCGUGCCUCGUAUGGAACAUGGUGGAAAUCUUGCAGAGCCAGAUGAGAAACGCUAUGUUUUCGCUGUUCCAGCCAUGCAGGAGUAUCUGGCUGCCCUUUAUGUUGUUCUUGGUGAGAACAAAACUGCCCUAGAGAAGGUGACCUUGGAAGUGUCAUCUGCCCUUGGUUCAGCUGGUGAGGACAUCACUACCCUUUUGACCAUUCUCUCCAAGUUUAUUCCCCUCAGGAUCUUUGCCCUUUUCAACUUAGUGAAACUGUUUCCAAAGUUUUUUGACCGGCUGACUAGCCUUAGUAGGGGCCGCAUCGCUAACACCAUGGCUGCAGAAAUGUUUCGCUCGGAAGACAGUUACAAUGAGGAUGUUCUCGAUCAGGUGGAACAAAGCUUGCUGGGAGUACAAGGCCCGCAGCCACAGCAGAAAGAUGACUCCAGGUCUUUUGAGCUGUACCCGAUCUUUAUGGGAGGACUCCUUAAUUAUAGGAACAGAAGGCUACUGUACCAGCUUGGAUGUGACAUUAAGAGCACCACAGUGGCCCAGAUCACUCGGACACUGAAGAAGCAGCUGAUCAAGGAGAGCCGUAAACAGCAGCCACCUGAGGAGUUGAUGGAUUUGCUGGUUUUGCUCUACGAGCUCCAAAACCCUCGGCUCACGGCUGAAGUGUUGGAGUCCGUCAAGGUUAUCGACCUGUCUAAUGUGCGCAUGACUCCACUGAAGUGCUUUGUGUUGAGCUCGGUGCUCAACUGCUUUCCUCCAGGUUUUGUGCUGAAUGAGCUCAACCUGUCCUCCUGCCACGUCACUUCAGAGCUGCUACACCUUCUAUAUCCUGCCUUAAACCACACCAGAAGUCUCAAUUUGCAGUUCAACAGUCUGGAUCCUGAAUCUUGCAUACUGCUGCGAGAUCUGCUACUCGAAUCCAACUGUAAAAUUAAUUCAUUACAGUUGUGUGAUAACUCCCUGCAGGACAGAGGAGCUAGCCAUCUUCUGGAGGCUCUGUCUGGAAACCAUUCUUUACAGAAGCUGUCUCUGAUGCAUACCGGUCUUAGAGAUAGUGCUGCUUCCGAGUUAGCUGCAAAGCUGGCCUCGCAUAGUGGGCUACAGGAGCUGAACGUGGCCUACAACAACAUUGGAGAUGAUGCAGCACUCAAACUGGUUGAUGCCUGCAGAGAGCACCCUACUAUUCACACCUUACACCUGUACCUGAACCAGCUAACCGAUGUGGGAAAGCAGUCGCUGCACGUUCGUGGCGUUCCGCGGGAAAAAGAUGGAAGACGGGUGAAGGUGUUGGCUUCAGUGACCGAGGGUUCAGACAUCUCCGAGCAUUGGCAUCCCAUUCUAAGCAUCAUAGGGAAGAACUCCUUGUCCUGGGAAAGAGAACGUGUACGUGAACAGCUUCUGGUCUUCCUGAAGGAUCUGGAGUGGGGCCAAAAACAGCACUCAAGCUUUUGGAAGAAGUUGCACUUCCACAGAGUGCAGCGUGUGGUGAGGCAGAUGCUGCGCAUGCUGGAAAAAGGAAGCACUGCUAACUGAUGAAACUGCUUCAGUACUCACAGCUUUGGUGCUCUUCUGGAAAAAAAAACAAAAACAUUUAUAGUUUGCAUUAAUGGUUAUGUGGAAAUUCUUAAAUAGGAUGGGGUUAGGUACUUGAAUACUGAGGUGGCCACACAUACUACUAAAAGUAUUUGGACACCUGACCGUUCACACCCGUAUGUGCUUGUUGAACAUUUACCCCUUGAACCCAUUACAAAUUUAGUCUCUCUUUGCUGUUUUAAUAAUAAUCUCCACUCUUCACACUCACGUAGCUGUGGGGAUUUGUGAUCAUGUAGCCACAAGAGCAUUACUGAGGUCAGGCACUGAUGUCAGGUGAGGAGGUCUGGGGUAUAGUCAGUGUUCCAGUUCAUCCCAAAGGUGUUCAGUGGGUUUGAGUCAGGGCUCUGUUAUAAUUUUCGAGAAGGGAAAUUGCAAUGUUACAGAAUACAAAAACAUCCUUUACAAUUAUGUGCUUCCAGCUUUGUGGCAGCAGUUUAAAGUAAGGCUCACAUAUGUGUGAGAUGUUUAGGCGUCCACAUACUUUUGGACAUAUAGUGUAUUAAUAUUGCCAGAACCUGUUCAUGUGUAAUGUUUGUGGAGAGAACUGUUACAUUUGCAUGUGUGGAUGAUGUAGCUUUUUCCCUAAAUGAUUUUGAGGUUUGGUUUAUGAACAAAAUCUUGUAUUGUUAAAAUGUGUUGGAAUGAAACAAAUUAUGUACCAAGCAGUGCUUCCUUAGCUGUCAGAAGAACAAAAAGCAUAUUUUGUCAUGAAAUUAAGAUAAAUUUGGAAUGGGAAAUUAGUUUAUUUAUUCUGCCUUUAAAUUUCAUUUCAAUACUGAUAUGGCAACGAUCAUACACUUUUAUCAUGAGUUUGAAAAAUGUAAAACUCAGUCAUGUGCCUUAACUACAUUUCACUUGUUUUGCUAUUUAUAAAAUGAAUGCCAAUCCUUUCAAAAAACACAAAUAAAUCUCUUUUG